CAAAGCGGUUCAAACUUUGUUGUGGCCGUGGAGGAACUGAAACUUUUGAUCACUGCUUUUGACAUUGACACAGUUCAAAUGAGACUCCGUUCGUAGUAUUGUUGUUCCUUGUCGUGGUUGCCGCAGCUGUAUUGCUGACAUAGCGGCUCACGAAUCACGAUGGUCUCCCUACUGUGCGAGCUGCAGUUUUGGACCAUGAAAGAUGACGUCGAUGUCAAAGGUAGUGAUCUGGGAUGCUUCAAGCUUUAUGACAAAGGUGACGUGGAUACAGAAGAGCUGUACAUUGACGCAAAAGAGGCAUAUGCCAAGGCCAAGGGUAUCAUGUGGACUCCGUCCAACAAGCGACCGGAGAAACUACGAGAAUGCAUCUGGGAAUUUGAGGACAUUAUGAAUGCCCAAAAGUGCAUCAGUGCGAGGUGGAUUACGCCUGGGCUCUUGCAGUUUUUCUUUCAGAGUGGUGUCUGCAUCUUCGUGCACGUUGACCCCGACUCGUGUAAGCUUCGCAGGGUCGGCGUCGACCGAUACCUCGUGGGCAGACUUGCUUCGGAACACGUCACUGACGCCGUUCUGGAAAACCACAACCUGCUAAUCUCAUACUACGAGCCCAAGAUGACGUACGCCUGUUUCGGGAAGCCGCUGAUUGGAACGGACGGUGUGCGCAAGCUGUCGUCCGUCGACGCCAAGCUCGUCACGUUUGACAUCCUGGGUCUGGCAGGGCGGCGGCUCGAACGGAAGCUGAGCCUCAAUUCACUGAAAGACUGGGUGUUGAACUGGUGGUCAGUGGGCGACGGGGAGGUGUGGCCCUGGAUGCCGUCGACAUCCAAUCGGGAACGGUCGAACAUGGUCGUCUACGCUCUGAAUGGACCCAACAUUGAGUUACUGACUUACGGAAGAAUUGACAAGGUCCCAGUUUUGGUGUCAUUCAGUCAGUACCAGUCGAACAAACUCUUGAUCGUUGAGGAGGACGCUUCCCGCGGUGGCAGUGUUGCCGUCGACGUCUGUGUGUACGAGCUAGGCAGAGGAAAGUUUGAAAGAGUUUCCAUGAUAUCCAUCUCCUUGCAAGGUCGUGUAGUCACAUCGCAGUGGAACAAUGCGGAAGACAAGCUUGUGUUACUGUGCGAUGAUGCUUCCUUGGUUCUCUACGAUGCUGUGCGACAGACCACACACUUUACGACGACUUCUUUUGUUGGAACAAAGGUCACCUGGCAUCCGAGUGGCUCUGUUGUGUUUUUUGCCUCUGAAGAGGGACAGCUUCAGUGCUUCGACACUGCACUGUCCACAAUACAGCUGCGGCUUAAUGAUGAGUCAGCGAGCGCUGCACCAACAUUGAAUGUAGGCUCCUACCUAAGCAACGGUGGUUCCUUGCAUCGAUUGAUGUGGCAGUCAAGCGGGGACGCCAUUUUUCGCUGUCCAACGGCUGCAGUCUCCAACUGCGCUGCCUUGCUGUUUGAUGGCGGUCCGCUGGCCAUCCUCAAGUUACCACUCGGCCUGCUCACCAGGGGGCAGCUGGGACCACUCGAGCUCGUAUCACAGUACUUGAAGCACUUGCAGAUUGAUGAGGCUGUUCACCUCCUGUUGAGCCUGGACUGGGGUCGUGUUGCAGAGCUGUCUUUCCUGUGCCUUGGCAAGAUAGUCAACUACCUGCUUCGACAGCCCCUGGAUUCCAAACGCGAAGUUCAAUUGGAGACAGCGCUGGGAAGCUUCUAUGGUCCUGCUCAGCCAAUACCGGACUCUGUUGUCGCCGAGUAUGGCGCUCGCAUCAGCCACCUGGCGAGGCGAUUCUUUCACCAACUCUUGAGGUUUGACAGGCUGGAAAAGGCUUUUCUACUGGCCGUUGACUUAGGGUACUGGGAUCUCUUCAUGGACUUGCACAACAUUGCAAAGAAGAAGGGAGAAAGCGGGCUAGUGGAGGUUGCCCUGCGGCGCGCGAAUGCCCUGAAGCCAAGUCGAGCACUGUCUGACUGCGAUUCGAACGACUGUGAUUCGUCAAGUGAGCUCACCGAUGAUUGUUGCUCGAGUGACGACGGAGCUCGCUGCAUUCCGGCUGUGACUGUGGCUACAGCGUCGUGCUCUGGUGCUACAGGUGUUUCGGAUACUGGCCGCCAAAGAUUGCAUCCGCAGGGCCACUCAGCGGGUCUGCGACCGCCCAUGCCAGCUGCUUUCGCUGCAAGUGGCGCCAGUACCAGCGGUUACCACUGGCCACCUCCGCGAGCGGUACCAGUAAUGCCAGCGGCAGAGGAAGACCUCAUCGACCUGAGCGACGAUUACGAGUGCACGUCGGAAGGCGUGCGGGUUGCCGUACCGAUCAUCGACCCCCUGGUUCCCCAAACGUUCAGUUCGGCGACAAUGCAGCAGUCCGUCAUUAGACCCAUCCCAAGAAUCCAGCCGACUGACCUGAGAAGAGCUCCGACAGAACUGAGCUCCAUCGGAUCCGAAGCCUACAACGAAGCAUGUGGCACCCCUCGUUUUGAGAACAGCCAUCACAGGGCUGUGCCACAGUCGCCGUCUGGAGCUCCAGCCAUUGCUGCAAGCCGGGCUUCUCUUGAUGGUGAGGGAUCUGGUGAGGAGUUAUUGCAGGGGCAGGCCAUUCAGUGCAUUCACUUCGGGGUCGUCUAGAAGAGGAUGGAGCAGGAAGAUGGCUGCCAGGAAUUACGACCAAAAACAAGAAUGCAGAAGCUGGUUUUCUGCGGAAAUAUGUGUAUUUAUUCUCGAAUAGGUGUUGUGUGCGCAACAUGUGCUGUGUUCAGCACACAUUGAAUUUGAAUGAAUUUGUUUCGUACGAGAAGUUAAUGUUGCCCAAUUUGGCCGGUGCUUUCGUUAAGGACUGUGUAAAGGCUCAAUACUUUUCACCAGCAGCUGAUGCGUCAAAUAAGUUCAAACUUUUGCAUUUUAAAAAUGCUGUGGUAUUGUUACGUUAAAUAGGAUCAGAGACAAAGUUUUUAAUGUGAAAGGCUUAUGUGCCCCCAUGAAGUGAAAAAUGCAGCAUCCGUCCACAAGUGUUGGUGUUACUACAUGAUGUCAAGAAAACUCCUGACCAAAUGAUGACAUCCAUCACAUCAAGUCAUGUGAUAAUGUCACGUGACAUGGACGUCAAUAUAGUCGUCACACCCAGACACACGCCUACUUUCACAUUCAGUGCACAUAAGGAGACUUAUGUGGCUCUGUAAAUUGUUUAGUUGUCAUGUCCAAAACUAGUUCCAUGGUUCAGCGUGUCUUUGUGCAAAACAGCAUUGUGUGCAAAAUUAGUUGAUGUAUUAUGUGUUGUGAAAUGUGCCUAUUCCAUGGUGUCUCGGGAGCUUUCAUAUUUUAAGCCGUAAGGUCUGAAAUUUUAAUGGCCUGUAUAUAAAAAUUUCAGGCACUACGCCUUUUCUGUGCAUGGCACAGCUCCAAAGAUCUGCCCACACAUAUUUUUAUAGUUAUAUUUAUGUUUUAAAAGGGACAGAGGCAGAAGAUUCAAUGCCAACUCAAUGUGUUCUGAAGUAAGUGUUCUACAUUUUAAGGUACCAUGCAUUUAAGCAAUUAUAGUUACGCCUAAAACACAAAUAAGUGUCACACAAACUUUAGCGUGACAUGUAAUGGCACAAAGGGAAACAGACAGAAUGACUGCAGCUGCAUGGUCUCCUAUAAUGUGCAUAAUAUAACUGUACUCGGCACUCUCUACAAGUUACAUUAUUCAUGGCGCAGGCUAACUUGCACUGAACAGAGUGGACACUACCCUGGAGACUAUUUUAAGAAGUAAAUGUGUAGUUUCAUUCAUAGUUGUGCAUAUUUUCCAGUGUUUUUGCUGUACAAGAUAAUUAAGCUUGUAUUUUUACCCUCCCUUUGUAUUUGUGCAACUUUUGCAUUAUGAUUAAAAAUAUCUUCAAGAAUGAGAACAUUUAUAAAACUUCAUCUUAUGGGCUUUCUUUUUAAUGAUUAGUAUAUGCUUCUUAGUUCGGAAGCAUCUGGCAACUCUGGUGGCACCCGCCAUGUAAUGCCAUCAUGUUGACGUCAUUCAGGGGUGCUUUGACUCGAUAAACAACAGCUCAUUCCAGGUGGCCAAUGUUGAGGUUUAUAAAGCUUCAGGAAAUGUGCGCUCCCAAGCAGACAUCUUGUUUAAAGGUCAAUUGGAACAAUGUGUAAAGACUAAACAAACAUGGCACUUCAGUAACGCAUGUUGUUGGGCAAGUCAGUAGCACAUCAUUAAGCAAGGUGCUGCGCAAAAGAAACAUGGUGCACAAAAGAAA